UAAACGGAGUCAAGUAAAAAGCUGUGUAAAUAAUUAAAUACUCCAUUAUUGACGUUAUUACUGUUCAUCAACCCUGUGGUAUACAUACAGGCGUUACAGUAGUUAGUUAACCAUUAAAAUAUAAGGUAUAAUGAUCCUUGUGUUCCACUGACCCAAAUAGAGAGUCCCGAAGACAAUUAUUUUGAUACUCCACUGAGUUAAAUAAAGAUCAUUGCCUGUGGUUGUUUAAAUACUGUAGUGAAUUAAAUAGCCAUGGAAAUGAAUUAUUACUCCACUAUGACGUUUAGGUGACGUUAAUGACCAUCCACAAACAAAUUGGUUAAGCUGAGGCGUCCAAUCACAGCUUGAGAAAUGUGAUAGCCAGUCAACAAGCAAAAAUAAUUGAUGGGAAGAAAGUAGCUGCUGAAAUAUAUAGAGAACUCUCAGUUGAUGUUCAACACAUGGUAUCCCGUGGUCAACGAGUUCCUCAUCUGGUGCUUGUGCGUGUUGGGGGAGACCCUGCAUCUGGUAGUUAUGUCAAGAAUAAAAUGAAAGCUGCAGAUAAGAUUGGCAUUCAGAGUACUGUCCAUCACUUACCAGAGGACACCAGCCAGUCUACUUUAUUGAGUCUGGUGAAUCAGCUAAAUAUUGACCCAGAUGUUGAUGGCAUUUUGGUUCAGCUUCCUCUACCGGAUCAAAUGGAGGAGAAGGUAGUGUGCAACUCUGUCAUCCCAGAGAAGGAUGUUGAUGGGUUCCAUGUGAUCAACAUUGGGAGGUUUUGUCUAGAUAUGUGCAGUAUGGGUCCAUGCACCCCCCUUGGGGUCAUGGAACUCAUUAAGCGGUAUGGCAUUGAGACCUUUGGUAAGAAUGCAUUGGUAUGUGGACGAAGUAAGAAUGUUGGAAUGCCCAUUGCUAUGCUUCUACACGGAGAUGGCAUUCGUCCAGACGGUGAAACUGGUGGUAUGGAUGCUACCACAACUAUAUGUCAUCGCUAUACACCAGCAGAGCAACUGCGUAUGUUUACUGCUACAGCCGACAUUAUUGUCACUGCAGCUGGCCUUCCUGGACUCAUUAGUGGAGACAUGAUUAAGCCAGGGUGUGCUAUAUUAGAUGUUGGAAUCAAUCGGAUCAAGGACCCCAUCACUGGCAAACCCAAACUUGUUGGUGACUGUGACUUUGAAAGUUGUGCAGAGAAAGCGUCCUAUAUAACUCCAGUACCAGGAGGUGUGGGACCAAUGACUGUGGCCAUGCUCAUGCGCAACACUGUUUUGGCAGCUAAGAAAAGUGUAGCUUAUUAAACUCAAACCAUAGAAAAGCAGGCAAAUGUGGGACUUGGACAAUUUCUGGUCUUAAAGAAGAAUAAAGAACUCAUGGAUUGGCUGAAGGAGACUGCUGGAGCCUGGUGUUGCUGUCAUUCCACACUCAUGAGUGACAUCACAAUUCUACACGUUUUUUUCUGGCUGAUCUUGAUAUUUAGAAAAUGUGGUCUUGGUGGAACUAAUAAUUUUUUUUUAUUCCGGUUAUAAGUUCUAUACAAAUUUAAAGGUAAAGUUUGUGCAUCAGAAAGUAUUUCAAAAUUUUUCUUAAUACCUUUCAGAAGGUAUAUGUAGUUUGAAUCAUUUAGAAGUCAUCAGUUAUCUCAAUAUCUGAUACAUACAUAAAAUGUUCACAUUUUUGACAGGAAUAGGAAACAUAUUGUUCAGUUUUAUAUCCUAUUUUAUAAAAAAAUAAAUAAAAUCUGCAGAAUCGACACCAAAUACCUAGGUGUAAAAUACUGUACACAUCUUCCCUUUUAUACUAAAACAAAUUAAAUUUUUUUGAUAUGGCUUAAAUUUCACAUAGCAACCUACAGAUUUUAAAACUUCAGACACUGCAAUUAAUAAAGGGUAUGUAAAGUUGG